UCUUCUCGACCCGGCGCUCCGGAUAUACAGCGGCGGAACAGCGAGCCACCAGAAACCGUGCAGCAGCCAAAGACUCGCCCUGUUUUCUUUGUCCCAUCUUUCGGCCAUUUUGUAAUUAAUUUAUUGAUCGAGGAAGAAGAGAAGGAAAAUACAGACUCUUGCGGAGAGAGAGGAGGAGGAGGAGAUGCUCCCGAUCGAAUGGAUAGGAGCGACGGGGAUGAUGACGAUGGGGAGGGGUGGAAGCGGAUUACUGAAAACGGAGGACGUAAAGUUCGGGUCCUUCUGGUGGUUCGCCGACGCCGGGAUCUCCUGCUUCCUGGUGCUCUUCGCCGGAAUCAUGUCGGGCCUCACGCUCGGUCUCAUGUCCCUCGGACUUGUUGACCUGGAGAUCCUCGAGCGCAGCGGCACCCCUGUCGAGAAGAAGCAGGCCGCUGCCAUCCUUCCAGUUGUUCAGAAACAACAUCAACUUCUUGUGACGCUACUUCUGUGCAAUGCAUGUGCCAUGGAGGCGCUUCCAAUUUACCUGGACAAACUUUUCAAUCCAUUUGUUGCAGUGGUCUUGUCUGUAACUUUUGUCUUAGCUUUUGGAGAGGUUAUUCCCCAGGCCAUCUGCUCAAGGUAUGGGCUUGCUGUAGGAGCAAAUUUUGUUUGGCUUGUCCGUAUUCUGAUGAUAAUUUGCUAUCCCAUAGCCUAUCCUAUUGGGAAGGUUCUGGACUUUGUGCUUGGGCAUAAUGAAUCUGCACUCUUCAGGCGUGCUCAAUUAAAAGCCCUUGUUUCUAUUCACGGUAAAGAGGCUGGUAAGGGUGGUGAAUUAACACAUGAUGAGACAACAAUCAUAAGUGGUGCACUUGAUCUGACUGAAAAGACUGCUGAGGAGGCCAUGACACCAAUAGAAUCAACGUUUUCCUUGGAUGUUGACUCCAAGUUGGAUUGGGAAGCAAUGGGAAAAAUCCUUGCUAGGGGACACAGUCGAGUUCCUGUGUACUCGGGCAACCCAAAAAACAUAAUUGGGCUUCUCCUGGUGAAAAGUCUUCUAACAGUGCGAGCUGAGACAGAGACUCCUGUCAGUGCUGUUUCUAUCAGGAGAAUCCCAAGGGUUCCAGCUGACAUGCCGCUGUAUGACAUCUUGAACGAAUUUCAAAAAGGAAGCAGCCACAUGGCUGCUGUAGUGAAGACUAAAGCAAAGGCUAGAAAUCCUCCAGUAACUGAAGAUGGUGAGAAUGCUGAAGAGAAUAAACUUAGGACUACAGAUGCUUCCCCUACUUCUCCGUUGCUGCACACACAGGAUGAGAAUUCAGAGCAGUAUAUUGAUGUGGAGAAAGGGACAAAUACAGUGGACUCUCCAAAUAAGAAACCCUCUUCUCAGCUGAUCGAUUGUGGAUUCAAUGCUGAUGCACAACUAUCAGAGGACAUUGAAGAUGAAGAAGUCAUUGGUAUCAUUACGCUGGAGGAUGUGUUUGAAGAACUUUUGCAGGAAGAGAUUGUGGACGAGACUGAUGAAUACGUUGAUGUGCAUAAAAGGAUUCGUGUUGCUGCUGCUGCUGCUGCUUCAUCUGUUGCACGAGCCCCAUCUGCCCGGAGAUUGACUGGACAAAAGCCAGGUGCAUCAAAUAGACAAGGUCCACUCCUGAACUCAGUCCAAAAGAACCUUUCAGAUGAAGAACCAAACUCAGCAAGGUCCCAAGAACCCAACUCAGCAAGGUCCCAAGAACCCAACUCAGCAAGGUCUCUAGGGCAGAACUCGGCAAGAAACCAAGUCAGUUUCCUGGAGCCGCUGCUGGGCACAAAAACAGGAUAGCUGUACAAGGAACUAUGGAAAUCCACUGGGUUUUCUUCCACGCUAUAUCAGUCCGGUUUAAUUCCUUGUAAAAUGGUUCAUAGGGAUGUAUGGGGAAAAAAGUAAAGAUGGGUUUGAUGGCUCAAACUCAUGUCUAAGCUUUUAGUUUAGGCUAUUGUUACUAUUUUUUUUUUUUUUUCAUUUGUAUGUAGUUUUCUUUUACAGGAGAAACAUAAAAGCCCCUUCUCUCGCAUGCACCAACUUUGAUUUUGGCCUUUUUUGUAACAUUUACUUUCCUUCACUUCCUUGGUCCACGAGUACCUUCACCUUUGGAUGGUCCAAAAGGAAAGCUCCUUUCUCUACAUGGAAACUGCACCUUAUUCCAA